CUUUUGCAAUUACCUCUCUCUCUCUCUCACUAAACCUAUGCUCCCGUCUUAGGCCCUUUUCUUUCUUUCUUUUUCAGUACACAACACUUGUUGCUUCCUCACCUCCACCUUGGCGAUGGCCCUCCUACGCCACCGCCACCUAUCAACGCUGCUCACUGCCUUCACUUUUCUCCUUUUCUUAUCUUCUUCGGUUACCACUUUCUCCUUACACGGUAAUGGGUUUUCAGAGAGGAACGACGGGGAGAGAAGAAGAGCGUUAAGGGUGUUUGACAGAGUUCUCAGUCAGAAACGACUUAGUGGACCAGGUUCUUCACCACCCACGUGUAGAUCCAAGUGCGGAAAGUGUUCACCAUGUAAACCGGUUCAUGUGCCGAUUCAACCUGGUUUUAGUAUUCCAUUAGAGUAUUACCCAGAGGCUUGGAGAUGCAAGUGUGGAAACAAGCUGUUCAUGCCUUGAUAUAAAAAAAAAAGGUUUUUUGUUCUGUUACUAUUUGGUUAACUAUUGAAGCUCGAAGGAGGUGGUCUUGUGGUGCCUUUCCAUGCUUUGCAUUAUGAUGAUUUUGACUCCGGACAAGGAACUCCGGGAAUGUAAGUUGUAGAGGUGAGAUUACCAAGAGAGAUCUCCUCUCUCUCUCCCUCUCGUGUUAAUGAUCUCUUCUUCCUUUUUUUAUUUUUUCACUCACUUGUAUUGAUGCAAAGUUCAUUAAGAGACAGAUGGAACUGAGUAAAAGCUGUAAUUAAGAUGAGUUUCUUUACAUAAGAACAGAAGCUGCGAGCCUGCGAUGCUUAAAGCCUUCUCUCUCUUAUUUCGUUUUUACUGACAAUGAAAAUAGGAAGUUUUACUUCCAAGUAGGACA